GCCGUCAUCUGAUUUGCGGCGUAGAUACCUUAGGCUCUGUACUCCUUGGGCCUUGGUGCUGCAGCCACCCCGGAACAUGGCGCCGGGACGGUCCUGGCGCUGCUGCCAGCGCGGCGUAGGCUGGGUGCCGGUGCUGUUCAUCGCCUUUGUGGUGGCCUGGUCCUACUACGCGUACGUGGUGGAGUUGUGUGUGUUUACUCUUUCUGGAAAUGGAGAAAAUGGAAAGGCCGUUGUUUACCUUGUGGCUUUCCAUCUGUUCUUUGUUAUGUUUGUAUGGUCCUAUUGGAUGACAAUUUUCACCUCUCACGCUUCCCCCUCCAAAGAGUUCUACUUGUCCAAUUCUGAAAGGGAACAUUAUGAAAAAGAAUUCAGCCAAGAACGACAACAAGAAAUUUUGAGAAGAACAGCCAGGGGUUUACCUAUCUAUACCACGUCAGGCUCAAGGACCAUCAGGUACUGUGAAAGAUGUCAGUUGAUUAAACCUGACCGUGCGCAUCAUUGCUCAGCAUGUGACAUAUGUAUUCUUAAGAUGGAUCAUCACUGUCCUUGGGUGAAUAACUGUGUGGGAUUUUCUAAUUACAAAUUCUUCCUGCUGUUUUUAUUGUAUUCCUUAUUAUAUUGCCUUUUCGUGGCUACAACAGUUUUACAGUACUUUAUAAAAUUUUGGAUGAAUGAACUCACAGAUACACGUGCCAAAUUCCAUGUACUAUUUCUUUUCUUUGUGUCAACAAUGUUCUUCAUCAGUGUCCUGUCACUUUUUAGCUACCACUGCUGGUUAGUUGGGAAAAACAGAACAACAAUAGAAUCAUUCCGUGCACCCACAUUUUCAUAUGGACCUGAUGGAAAUGGUUUCUCUCUUGGAUACAGUAAAAAUUGGAGACAAGUUUUUGGCGAUGAAAAGAAAUACUGGCUACUUCCAGUAUUUUCAAGUUUGGGUGAUGGUUGCAGUUUUCCAACUCGCCUUGUGGGAAUGGAUCCAGAACAAGCUUCUGUUACAAACCAAAAUGAAUAUGCCAGAAGUAUUGGCUUAAAUCAACCUUUUCCUAUCAAACCACUUAGUGAAUCAAAAAACCGACUGCUAGACAGUGAAUCUCAAUGGACAGAGAAUGGCUCUGAAGAAGGCACUGUCAGAUCAGGGACAAAGAACCAUGUCACAGUGGCAAUAGAAAAUUGAGUACCAUGUGGUCAUAACUAUCUAACUGAAUAAGAAGGUUUAUGAAAAUAUAUUAUGGACUGAUAUUUUCAGUAUUAUUUGCAAGAAAAUCAUCAAUGGGAUGAAAUAAUUGAAGUAUAGCAGAAGAUAUAUUUUUUCAAAAGAAACGUUUGUACAGAUUGCUGGAUCCACAGAAGCGCUACUUGAAGGCAGAGCAGGAAGAUGCCUUAAUCUUAAGUAAUUUCAACAUUGACUUACAGCUACAAGAGUGACUUAAUUUUACUUUGCAAAUAACACCUGUUAUGAGAUGUUAUGUUAGAUCACAUGUUAACAUGGCAUAUGUACUUUUUGAUACCUUAGUUACACUAUCAGAGUUGUUUUUCAGUGUCCAUGUGAAUUGUCACUCCAGAAACACAAGCUAAAAACUGGUCUUAACUGAAGUACAUUUAAGGGCAGUUUGGUGGCUGAAAGUGAAUAAUAAUACCCAAAUCACUGUUGCUUAUACUAUGUAAGGAAAAGAAAAGAACUUUUUAAAAAUUGGGCGUUUGAUAAUUUAUAAUUACUAUUUUAUACUUUUCAACAUUUUUAAUAAAAGUUUUUUAUUAUUGGCUGCACAAUAACACUCAGAAGGAUUAAGAUAUCUAAAUGUAAUGAUUUAAAACAUGGCACAUUUGAAUAAUUCAUUGAAGGCUUAGUUCUAAGCAUUAAUACAACCAUGUUGUAUAAUGUGCUCAAAGCUCAAAGGAAACUUGGCAGUAUAAGGAAUAUUUUUGUUUCUGUUUUAAAAUUACUUUCUGCUAAAUUUUUAUUAGUAUACAUGCAUGCAACAGAAAGGUACAUAUGUUGUAGAAAUAUUGGACAAAGAAGGAAUAGGUAGAAGUGGCUAGAAGAAAAGUAAAGAGAAAGACAGGCUGUUGUAAGCUGUUAAAAAUAUCUUCAGUCCUAAGGUAUGUAGAAUGCAACAUGUUAUUAAAUUGAUUUUCAAAUUUCAGUUUAGUUAAUGAAAAAUUACUUUGGAACUUUUUACAGUAAUCCUAUAACAGCAUAAACAGUGACUUAAAAUGCAGUUUCAACAGAGUGAAAUUUUAGCAUAAGACUGCUCUCAGGAAAGAAAUUUUACUUGAGUAGUCAUUUGAAACUUCCUUUCUCCAAUAGGUAGAUUCCACUCUUAAAUGCAAAAAUACUAAGCCUGAACGCUUGCUGCCUAGACAUGUGCCCUCUUUCCCUUUUAAAAUCCAGUCAAAGUGGCAAGAAUUGUUGUAUUACUUAUAAAGAAAAAUACAGUAUCUUUUAAAUGUUAAUCCUUCUUUAUACUGUUCAGUCAAAUAUACACACACAAACCAAAAUAAUUGAUUGCAUCCAGGAAUGGAUAAAAAUAAAUCUUGUGUGUGUGUUGGCAA